AUGACGACAGAUGGCCGAAAACGACAGGUGAAACAGAAGAGACAGAGAAAGGUGAACGCAAAGGCGGUCUCGAAGGAGAUAAUCGACCACGAUGACAGCUCUGGCAACGAGGGCGGUGGAGAGAGAGGGCCGAAGAAAGAGACGCAGGCGGGUGACGCUAACCACUCUUGCGCCGCGUCGGCUAAGCAGUCGCGCGUCUCCACACCUAGCAAAGACGCUGCAGCCGCCGAAGACACCUCCACUGAGAAACACGCCAAGCAGGAGAAGAAGAAGAAGGAUGGCGAGUCUAAGAAGAAAAAGAAGAAGAAGGAUACUGGUCCCAUGCACUUCACCAUGAGUGAACCACGAGCGGUCGGUGAUUUGGAUGAGUCCACCUUUAAUGAGUGCAAAGAAAAGAUGCGACCUGUCAAAAAGGCGUUGAAGGCACUUGAUAAUCCCGAUCAAACCCUUAGUGAACAGGAACAGUUGACUCACACGAGGCAGUGUCUGGUCGAAAUCGGCGAUCAGAUCGACAAGUGCUUGAAGCAGUACAAGGAUCCAGAAACAAUCAAGAAAUGGAGAACGAAUCUAUGGUUCUUCGUAUCUAAGUUCACGGAGUAUGAUGCUAAGAAACUCUACAAAUUAUAUAAACAUGCUUUGAAGAAAUCGAAACAAAAGAGUGAGGACAAGGAUAAACAUAAGGAAGGGAAGGAUAGUUCGAGUAGGAAGAGGAGAGCCGAAGAUGACAAAUCCAAUGAAGCGGUACCUUCACCUUCGAAAAAGCAAUUUCAUGGAAGAGAGAAAGACGAGAAAGCGUCGACUGAGAGCAGUGGCAGUAAGGAGGCAUCGAAAGAGGAGCGCAUGCGCACCGGAGAGCGGAUCAGAGCGGACAGCGGCGGAAGCAGCGGCACUGGAGGGCCGUCACGGUCGGCAGCCGCUCCCGCUCCGGGAUUCAGGGGCGCUCCGGCCGCCGGCGACAGUCGCAGCGGCAAUGUCAACAGUCCUCAUCCCAGGCCUGCCGACGGCGCUGGUGAUCGCUGGUCUGGAGGAGGCAAUAGAUUCUCUGGUAACAACGAUAAACGAGAUAGAGAUCGAUAUGAUCAGUAUCCGAGAUCUGGUGGAUACAGAGAUCGAGACAGAAAUCACCGAGGCUCAAACAACAGAAGGUAA